AUGGAAGCGAUGUCGUUUCAUUCGAUCUCCGACACUCAUUCACUCCUCCACCACCACCACACUCCUUCUUCCAUCGCCGCCGCCGGAGUAACAACUCGAUCUUCCUUCCUCAAAAUCACCCAACCCUCACACUCACACUCACACUCACACUCACUGGUUGCGUCUCCUCUUCGUCUCUCUGCUCUCUCUGCUCAACUUCCCGGCCAAGAAGGUGAUGAACUCAAUGCCUCCGCUUUACCUUCUCACCCUCAGGAAAAUCUAACCCAUUCUCAGAGUACUGAUGAUGAUGAUGAUGAUAAUGAUGAUGUACAUGAGCCAAUACAAACGGGCAUGUCAUGGUCAACUGUUACGACUCCGGGAGGAAGUGGGUCUGGUGGGGGUACACGGGCUGGACUUUUCAGAACUCCGAUUUCUGGUGGUGUCCAGAGUGCAACCUCGGCCCAUGGUUUGCCUAGACCUGCUUUAGCUGUUCGCAAUUUGAUGGAACAGGCCAGAUUUGCUCAUCUUUGCACUGUAAUGUCUCGAAUGCACCACCGACGAGAAGGAUAUCCAUUUGGUUCUUUGGUUGAUUUUGCACCGGAUUCGAUGGGCCAUCCAAUAUUCUCAUUUUCUCCUCUUGCAAUUCACACAAGGAAUUUGUUAGCUGACCCAAGAUGCACACUUGUUGUUCAGAUACCUGGAUGGAGUGGUUUGUCCAAUGCAAGAGUAACUAUUUUUGGCGAUGUUUAUCCGCUUCCAGAAGAUCAACAGGAAUGGGCACAUAAGCAGUACAUUGCAAAGCACCUUCAGGGUCCUUCUCAACAGUGGGGCAACUUCUACUAUUUUAGGAUGCAGAAUAUAAGUGACAUAUAUUUCAUUGGAGGCUUUGGUACUGUUGCUUGGGUGGAUGUAAAGGAAUAUGAAACCCUUCAACCUGAUAAGAUUGCAGUUGAUGGUGGAGAGCAGUAUCUGAAGGAGCUCAAUGCCAUUUUCUCAAAGCCCCUAAAGAAACUACUAUCUAAUGAGAUUGAGGUAGAUGAUGCAGCACUCAUAUCUAUCGACAGCAAAGGGACUGAUAUUAGGGUUCGUCAAGGUGCCCAGUUCAACAUUCAGAGGAUAUCUUUUGAUGAAGGACAGAGUGUUGAAACAUUAGAAGAAGCUAAAGCUGCUCUUCAGAAAUUAAUACACAUAGGAAAAGUGUGCAAUCUGCAUAAAUAA